UGGCUCAAGCGGUCACAGUGGUCGUAGUGGUGGAUUAAGAGGUCGUGGUAGUCGUGGUGGUGGAUCAAGAGGUCGUAGCAGUCGUGGUGGUGAAUCAAGAGGUCAUGGUGGUCGUGGUGGUGAAUCAAGAGGUGGUC